AACUUUACGUAACUGAGGUUUCUGUUAUGGCCGUCACACGUCAUGUAACCAAAACAAGCUGCAAGAUGAUAGCGUUUUUUCACGUUGAUAUAUAAUGUCUGAAUUUCUUUAGUUUUAGUAAACAUGGCGAUAUUUUUUCUUCCAUAAUGGGUUUGGUAAUUAUAUAACCGCAGGCAGAGACAAGAGAAAGACAGAGCGAUUUAGUUCGGUAGGCACAGAGCUCGUUAGCGUUAGCACUAGCACUAGCAUUAGCGAUUGAGGCUCCCGGCUGUGUCUCGGCUGUGUAACCGGGGCAGGAGGUGCUGCGGUGUGGAAGAAAGCUGUGUUUACAACCGCUGAAGAGACGGGGAACAGGAUUGGGAAGCAGCAGGGGGAAGCGGCGGCCGGUGCCGAGCCCGUGGAGAAGAUGGCAGGCAGCCCGGAGAAGAGCUGCUCCUCAGCUCAGGAGCUCAAAGAGCAUGGCAACCGCCUGUUCCUCUGCAGGAAGUACCAGGAGGCCGUCACCUGCUACAGCAAAGCUAUCAACCGGAACCCAUCAGUAGCGGUGUACUACACUAAUAGAGCGCUGUGCUACGUGAAGCUGCAGCAGUAUGAUAAGGCUCUGGCCGACUGUAAACAUGCGCUGGAGCUGGACAGCCAGUCAGUGAAAGCACAUUUCUUCCUGGGUCAGUGUCAUCUGGAGCUGGAGAACUAUGAAGAGGCUAUCGGAAAUCUACAAAGAGCGUAUAACCUGGCUAAAGAGCAGCGUCUGAACUUUGGCGAUGAUAUUCCCAGCGCCCUGCGUUACGCCAAGAAGAAGCGAUGGAACAGCAUGGAGGAGAAGCGCAUCAGCCAGGAGAACGAGCUGCACGCCUAUCUCACCAAACUCAUCCUGGCUGAGCGCGAGCGGGAACUCGAAGACUACAGAGAGAAGCAGGGUGAUGACAAUCUGAUCGACAGUGACAUCAGCAAAAUCAAAACCAAACACGAUAAAUAUCUGAUGGACAUGGAUGAGCUCUUUUCCCAAGUGGAUGAGAAGAGGAAGGUGAGUUGGAAGCGAGAGAUCCCUGACUAUCUGUGUGGAAAGAUCAGCUUUGAGCUAAUGAGGGAACCGUGCAUCACACCGAGCGGCAUCACAUACGACCGCAAAGACAUCGAGGAGCACUUACAGCGUGUCGGCCAUUUUGACCCCGUGACCCGAAGUCCCCUGACCCAGGAUCAGCUGAUCCCUAACCUGGCCAUGAAGGAGGUGAUCGAUGCCUUUAUCCAGGAGAACGGCUGGGUGGAGGACUACUAAACACACACACACACACACACACACACACACACACACACACACACACACACACACAGAGACGGGAGGGGUGUGAGGGGUGUGAGGGUGGGUCAGAGUUGCUUCUGGAUGUAUGUGUGCACUUUAAACAGGGGAACUUUGCUCUGACUCACUCCCUAAUGCUGGACUCUCUCAGGUCUCCCUCUCUAUCUAUAUAUCUAUGUCUUAUUCUGUCCAUUUUAUUUCCAUCUGUGUAUCCUCUUUCUCACUCUCACUCUCUCUCACUCUCACUCUUUCUCUCUCUCUCUCUCACUCUCUCUCUCUCUCACUCUUUCUCUCUCUCUCUCUCUCUCUCUCUCUCUCUCUCUCUCUCUCUCUCUCUCUGCUCUGAUGUAAUGUCGUAUCAGUGUGAACUGGAUAAAGGUGAAGAGUGUGUACUUUAUGUUCCUGACUGAUCUCACACACACACAAACACACUUAAAUCUGUGCCUCCUGUUGCUCCUGAGCGUGCUAAGUGCUGGACCAUGAGAAGAUCAGUUACUCUUCACAUGUAUUAUGGGGAUAAAACGCACUGUAAUAUUCAGUUUGGGUGUGUGUGGGUGUGUGUGUGUGUGCGUGUGUAUAUACACGCACACAUCCCUGUUCAACAGUCGGGGGGAAUUAAGGAGCUUCACAAUGCUUAAUAAGCGCAUAUUAAACAUGUAGGAUGUUAUUACAGUUUAAUUAAAAUGUUAGAGUUGUAGUUAACUACAAUUGGAUCUGUGUGUGGCUCUCCUAAUGUUGUAUGUUUUUACAUAAUACACAGACACACAGACACAAGUGUUUCUAUCCAUCAAAGUUCAGUAGGUUCUAAAUCACUGCUAACCAAUCAGAGAAAAUGGGGCGGAGCUUGAGAAUCACAACAGGAUGCAAUCAGGGUUAAUGGCAGACGGGAUCUUGUUUUGUGUGUGUGUGUGAGAGAGACAAUAAGACGGAUGAACAUAGUGUAUUGGAUGUUUUGUUUUCUCCCGAACACACACACACACCUUGUGCCGUUAGCUUUACAUAGACAAGUUGCUAAAGUUCAACGUUACAGUUCACUGCAAGUAUUCAGGCAGGAAGUGGAAUGGCUGGGCGCAUGUUAAAUAAAUCUUAUUUUUUCUAAAAACCUA